AUGUCACUUCUUGAACAACUUAAUUCUCGUAAAAUGAAAGUUAAUCAAGUGAGUGUAGAUCAAGCUGACAAAAACGAAGCUGCUAAGAAUGUAGGAAAAUCACUUUCUGACAAGGAGGAAGAGGUUGCAAUUGCAUUUCCAACCGUUAAGAAAGAUAAAAUACUAGAAAAAACCGCAUCAGAAGAAAUAUAUUAUAAUAUCGUGGCGUGUAUUCGAACAGGAACAAUGCGUGAAAAAGAAAUAUUAAACAAAUUGAUUGAUCCGAACAUUACAUCUACUGUAGAUAAUUUUUCUCGUGUUUUUAUGGCGUAUGUAAAUGAAAAGGAACAAGAAGCAUGUCGAACCUGGAUGGAAAUGUCUGGCAUUGAUGAAUGUAAUCUAAUAAUGAAGAGUAAGCGUUUUUACGGGGAAAUUGAUCAAGACGAAAAGGAAGCGAUUGAGAAUGAUAAACAUAUUAAAGAGAGUUUUCAUGUUAAUGCAUCUUUAAAGAAAGUGAAUGGUCUUAAUGGCAUUAAUUGCACUAAAAAAUCAGCGCAAGAUUUUAUGGACAUUGAAUUACGAUCAAAUACUCAAAUUUCAAAUAGUUAUCCCGAGGAUAAUGGCAUGUCAGAUAUUACACAGGAACAUAACACAAACUUAUUAAAUAAUACCAAAAAUCAAAAAAUCAAAUACACAGAAUUGAUAAAAACGUUUGGAGAGAAUGGACCAAAAAUCGAAAUUUCCCUAUAUUUUAUUGAGAAAAUAUUAAAUCGCUGCUUUGGACGGCUCUCUAAAGGGGAACCAAAUCUUCAGUUCUACCCAAUAAAAGUUGUCCAGUAUCUGAUAAAAAACAAUUUUUUGCCAAACUCAAUAAUAAAAGGUGGUCUUAUGAAAGCUUUGAUCGAAAGAGGUGAUUGGGAGUCUGUAUCUUUACUCUUGCAAUUUAGUCGCGAUAUUCCAGAAAAAGAUCAGGUUUUUUUGCUUCAGCAUUUGAUAAUGUUACUGAAAACAUCAAAAGUUGAUGAGGGAUUUAAGAAAUUCAUUGAAAUUAAUGGUGAUGCUUCAAGUUUGUCUUCUUCAUCGUCACUGUUACAAUAUUUUCUUCCAAAAUUAAUGUUAGUUAAACGUCAAAAAAAUUUGAUGCAAUUACAUCUGAAACAAUUGAAGGUUGAUGAAUUACUUGUUUUAUUUGAGAUUUCAUGUACAUGGCUAGAUGGAUAUAUAAAUGGCAGUAACCUGAAUAAUGAUUUAAGCGACAGUGGAAUGUUUGAUGAAAAUAGAACUAUUAAAGAUUCAAGCGAUAGGUCUAAAAUUAUGCAACUACAAAUUUCCGCACCUAGAUUUUCUACGAUCAUUGAAUUCUUAACGCUACUUAUUGACGCACAUUUCUUGACUUUAAUACUUACCAACGAUUUCCACUCCUCUCUUCAACGUCUAUUAAGUUGCACAAAUACAUUAAUGCAAAGUAAAAAGCAACGAUUAAAUAAAAAUGAAACGAAUGCUGUGACGAUUCUGGAAGAUCAACACGUGCCAAAAUAUAGUAUUGAAAUGUUGAGGGUUUUUGAUGAUGCGUGGUUGAUGGAAGAUUCUGAUGAUGAAAAUUGGAAUGUCAAUUAUCGAUAA